AUGAAUACCAUUACCCCAAAAAGGCGGAUAGAUUUGCUCGUCCGGCAAGGCAUCGAUAACCUCCGGGAGAAGACCGCAAUACCGGACCAGGAAAGAGCUAUCACCGGCCCCACACCAUCCCGUUUUUGCCUCUCCACCCGUUUCAAGAUCCGAAGUGGGGAUUUCUCAUGUUUCCAAAAUGACAUCUCCGAGAAAUCCUCUAUUACCGAAACCCGCUCACGGCUCCUAGAACUCCCAAACGAACUACUGUACAUGAUCGCAUCCUACCUCAACCUCGGGGACAUGGAGCGUCUCCGACGCACAUGCCAACACUUCCGCGCCCUCCUCAACCCAGACUUCCUCCGCGCACACUUCGGCGGCGACGAACUCUUCUCCAGAGAAUUAACCUCGUACUGCCGAUUCUGUCUCGAGCGACCGGGCCGCGAUCGCCUGAUCCUCCAACCACAUUCCCAAUCCCAACACCUAUCCGCCCACGACCGUCCCCUCGGCUCCAAAUGCUUCCGCUGCGCUGUCUUAGCCCACGAUCUCCACGUCGACACCCGCGUGGCCCUCGCUGAUGGCCAAGAGGCGUGGAUAUGUCGCUGGUGCAGGUGGCCCAUCCACGUCUCCGAGGCCGUGACGCCGUGCCUCUCCAAGGACAAAUACCACGCUGCCUGCCUCGCCCGGUACAAUUGCGUGGAGUGGUGGUUCACGUGGCUCGGGUGCGCGCAGUUCGCAGUUGGUGUCGUGGCUGCCGCGCUCUCGCUCGUCUACUUUCGCGGCGAUAUGCUGGUUUUCGCCCCGGUUGUGGCGGGCUUUGCGCUGAUGUGGGUGUGUAUGGGGGUUUUGGCUUUCGGGGGAAGUCGCGUGAGGGCUUAUCAUUGCGUUGGGGUGCUGGAAUUGGUUAUUUUGGGGCUGUGGGUUCCGCCGAUGUAUGCGGUUGCUAGGGGGCUUGAGGAGGGGGCGGUACCUAAGCGGAGCGCUGUUACGGCGCUGGUUUUUUAUGCUGUUAAUAUGAUAUUUCGAUUGCUUAACUUUAUCGGCAAUGUCUUAUUGAUGUUUAGGUAUGAUAUCACGAAGCACUAUGUCCCGCAACAGUCCCCUAUGAGGAAGCUGCUCAACAUGCUUAUGGCGGGAUUGAUAUAUUGGACGGAUCCCCAUUUCAUUGUACAAAGAUAUCCCCCCGAGAGUGACGAGAGUGACGCGAGCGAUGAGAGUUUUGAAUAUAUAUAG